AUGGGUGAUUUCCUGAUAGCUUACGGCUCUCAUACGGGCCAAGCGGAGACGAUCGCCAAGGAACUCAAAGAUAAGGCCGAGGUUUUGGGCCUCAAGCCUCGUCUCUUCACUCUUGAUGAAAACGAGAAACAGGUGAAAAAUUGAAAUUUUUGAAAAAAAAAAACUCGAAAAGGCGUUAAAUUGAGAAGAAACUAAUUGAGAAUUUGAAAUUUUUCGAACUUUCUUUCUAGAUUUUCAUGUCAAAUCCAGUGUUGGAUUGUCACUCACAUUCCUGUCUCUUGUGAUUUUUUUUUUCGAAAACUUUGUUGUCAUAAAUUUACAAUUUUUACAUGAGAUAUAGAUCAGGAAUUUCCCUAUGAGUCCAAAAAACUUAUUUCUGGAAUCAACCAAUUUUUUUUUCACUUUUAAAAAUUGAUUAGUAGUUCAUUUCAAAAAAUCCGUUUUUUUUUUUCAAAGAAAAACUUUUUCGACAAGCAUAACGAGAAGUUUUUUUUUCAAAACUGAACGCUUCUAUUUCUAUUGCAAGGCUCAAGAACUGGUAAAAAGGUCAAAAAUAGAUACUAAAGUUUGAAAAAAACUUUUUAUUUGUUUUUGUUUCGAAAAUAUUGAAAAAUAUUUCGAUUUUAUCAAAUUUCGGAAACAAGCUGGCGGUUAUUAGAGUGGUUACGCCAACAUUUUGGAUUUAUUUGAGAGUUUUGGAAGAGAAAAAUUAAUUAGAAAAACAAUUUCGUCCCAAAAUUAUCGAAAAGUGUCUGAGAUCUUUCUAAAACUUUUUUGUAAUUUUGCUCAAAAGAUCCUUGUCUGAGAAUCGAACCCGCAUUGUCGCUAUCUGUGUAAAAUUCCAAUUUAGAGGUUGCAAAUUUUGGAAGAAUUUGGUAUGAAAUCCAUAUUCCGCAAUUUAAAAAAAUUAUAUCUCUAAAACUGAAAUUUUCCGCAGAUAGCAACUAUGUGGGUUCGAUUCCCAGUCUAUCAAAGUUUUUUUGAAGGAGUUAUAGUCAAUGUUUCCCGACUUGAAAGGCGAGGGAGGCGUGGCAAGGGGCAGGAAGCGUAGCGUGUGCGUACGCGGUUCUUGGCACGUGUUCAAUUCAACCGCUAGCGAGCAUUCAGAGAGCUUAUUUAUCGCUCUUUUCACUUCUUUUUUAAUUAUUUAUUGAUUAUGUUCAUGUGUGCAUCAAAAAAAUAGAAGAAAAAAAAAAAGAGCGGUUGCCGAGCUUUUUUUAAUUAGUCGGCGGCGAUUGAAUUGAACUCGUGCCAAGAACCGCGUACGCACACGCUACGCGUCCCGCCCCUUGCCCCGCCUCCCUCGCCUUUCAAGUCGGGAAACAUUGACUAUAACAAAGAAAAAUUUUGGGUCCGCGAAUAUUCGUGAGCGUGAAUUGUGCAUACACCAAUCUUUGAAAACUUGAAUCUUGGAAAACGAUUGUUGGAAAAAUUCACCUAAUUUUUGACUUUUUUCUCAUUUUUUCUUUCCUUUGUCGUUUUAUUGUGAGCCUCCAUGAUUGGUGUAUGCACAAUUCACGCUCACGAAAAUUUGCGGACCAAAACUCCUUCCAGAAAGCUACAGUACCUUCAGAAAAAAAGCGCCAGCUUCAUAAUCGAAUUUUUGCAAGUAAAGUGAAUCUUUUUAUGUUCAAAGGAAGAAAAAAAUCACACUAAUUUCUUUCAUUUCAGUUUAACUUGAAUGAGGAAAAGUUCUGCACAAUAGUCGUUUCCUCGACCGGAGACGGAGAUUCCCCGGAAAAUUGCGCCCGUUUUGUUCGUCGGAUUUCGCGAAAAACACUAGCCGAUGAUUAUUUGGCCGGCUUGGAGUACGCUUUGUUAGGUUUUUUUUUGGUUUCGUUUUCCAGAAAUUUUAAAUCGCCAUAUCCACAUGUUCAUCGCUCUUUUUGAUUUGUUUUCCUUAAAUAUUUCCCGAGAAACAGGGAUUUAUUUUCAUCAAAAAUAUCGUUGAAAUGAAUUUUCGAAGCAAACUUUUAUCAUCAUGUUUGGAACUACAGAGUGGUCCUUUUAGGGGUCUUGGAAGGUUGCGCUCUAGGGACCACUUCACCUCCAAAAGUGGCCUCUUCAGAAGACAUAAUACUCCAUGAAUUAGCGUAAUUUGAUUUUCUGAAAAAAAAAAUAGGGACUUUAUAGGGUCUCCCUGUGUUAAGUUAUUGUCCAAAAUUUGUUAAAAAGGCUUUUUUUCAAAAUUACUCCAUUUUUCUCGGAUUAAAACGGCCAACUUCUGCAUUUUCAUGUAAAAAAAAAAUAGCGUCACUCUGAAAAUUUUGUGGAUUUUUCUCACCCGAAAUAGAAGUUGAAAUAUUUGCCUUUCAAAGAUCACACUUAUUUCAAACCCAAGACUCUGGCAAGAUAAGAUAAUACGAAAAAAUCCGUUCUAAAGACCAUUUUUCCCAAAACCAGGACUCGGCGAUUCCAACUACUCGAGCUACCAGGCCGUUCCCCAACGAAUCGACCGACAAUUAAAGGCCCUCGGAGCCAAAAAAGUGAUCGAAACUGGCGCCGCCGAUGACCAAGUCGGGUUUGAAAAUGAACUUCCCGUUCCAAACUCACGACUAAGCUACAGGCUGGAACUCGCCGUCGAGCCGUGGGUCGAGCAACUUCUCAAGAAGCUCUGCGAGCGGUUCGGCCUGAAUCCCGACAAGCUGCAGCUGCUCAACGACGCCAAGAUGUCGCUGAACCCGGUCAAGAGCGACGAGGAGAAGAAGGCGUUGCUCGAGGAGCAGAAGAAGCUCAAGGAGGAGGAGAAGCUCGAGGAGGAGCACGAGCAUGAGAUCGACGUUCUGAGUGCGGAACGGCACAAGACCCUACAAAGUGUCCCGUUUGAGUAUCCAGAGUAUUCGUUGAUCAAAGGUGAUUGCUGGGGUUUUUGAAGAAGAAUAUGCAAAUUUUAUAAAGCGGGUAAUGAAAAUUUGAUGAAGCUUGGUUCAUAGGUACUCUAAAACACCCUGAUUCCACAGAAGUUGAAAAAAAAAGCGCGCUUUUUACUUUUUAGUCGAGUCAUGGCCCUCAAAGUUUGCACGCAAAUUAACUUAAGGAAUAUGGUGCGGCGGCUAACUUAAACCGGCACCAUGCGGUGUGGUGUAGUGGCUAGCGGCCUUGCGCUACGAAGUCCAUGAUGUAGGUUCGAAUCUUUCGAGUGAAAUUUUUUUUGCCAUUUUUUUUUCUUUAAAAACUUGAUGAAUUUUCGAAGAUUGAGCUCUGAAAACCAUGUAAAGUGUUAAAAUACACUGAUUUUUGUCCUUUCAUCGUAUUCUCAACUUUGUAUCUUUUUCACUACCCGUAAUAAGGCGAAAGCUCAUAUUUUCGUCGAUUCAAGAUGAUUACUAAGUGUUUAAAGGAGCAUAGCAAAAUUUAAUAAAGUUCUGAAGACGAAGAGUUAUUCUCAGUGAGUCUUAAUCUUACUAAGCGUGAGGAUUUAUAUGAAAUGCGGAAAAAAGUACACAGGAAAAGUUUAAACGACGUAAAAAAAAAAGUCUUAAAAAGAAGGGCCUGAAGCUCUUUUUUGAGUUCCUUAAAAGGGGACAAAAGUUUUUCGGAAUCUCCUUUUUUCAUCUUUUCACUGCCUCCUUCUUUUUUCUUACCUUCUUUAAAGGUCCUUUUCAGAAAAAGGUUUUUUUGAGAACUUUAGGAUUUUGCCCGUGUAGUUAGAUUAAUAAAAAAUCACUGGUCCUUAAAAAGAACUUUCUCAAAAACGACGAAUUUUAAGGCAAAGAAGCCUUGUCAAAAGACGAAAAUCUCCGAGUGCCGAUCGCCCCUCAACAUUACAUCGUUUCGACCGUUUCCCACCAAAAAUGGUCCCAGCCUAAAGACCUAAAAUGGCAAAACGCAUGCAAAAUGGUCGGUGUAGGUAAUGAAAAAGCUCACUUUGAAUCUGAUAUCCUUUUUUUCUAAGUAACCGAGGCGAUCGAAGCGAGGGUUGUCGGGACGGCAAUCGUGACGGAUUUCGAGGCGGCCAAGCCGAAAUGGGAGAUUCUUAUCGAUUUGGGAGGUGACUUAGAAAGAUAAAAUAUAAAAUUGAAAACAAAUUUUUUUUUUAGAAAGUUCGAGCAGAUUGGCCUAUGAACCCGGCGAUGCCAUGUAUUUCAUUGUGCCGAACCCGGAGCCCGAAGUUAAUUAUAUCUUGAAAAGGUAAGCGUGGGAAAAAAGGCAUGAAAAAAGGCAAAAAGGCAAUUUUUGAAAGUCCGCAUUUCUAGUCAAUUCUCAAUGUACAGAAAAUGCAAAUUCCGAAAAUUUGUUCGAAAAAUUGAGAAAAGUUGGGAUUUUCUUCGAAUUUGACUUAUUACUAGAACUGUUUAGGAGAAAAGUAGGUGAAAAUGAAGAAAUUUUAAUUUUUCCAAGGUUCUUACAUGGAUUUCGAAAAAGCUCCUGGUCAAAUUGUGGGAAAAUAUCACUGAUUUUUAGGGAUUAUCGUUCUUUUAAACUAGAAAACAAAAUGGAAAUAUUUUAUCGAGGGUUUUUAUUUUAAUAAAAGUGAAAAGCGCCUAAUUUUCAAGCGAAGUCAUUCAAAACUGUUGCUUUUUAAGGCUGGGAAACUUAUCAAACUUCCUAUCUUGUUAACAAGAAAGUCAUCGAAAAUAAAUUGAAAGAUCCAUCCAAUAAAAAAAGAUACUUUUUGAAGAGGAAAAAUAAGUGACAUAUUUGAAGUUUCAAAUUUCUUAGAUUGAAAAUGAUUUUGAUUAGCUAAACUCGUAGAAAAAAAUUAUUCAUUUUUUUGCGAUCUUCGUUGUAAAAAACACACUGGCUCGAAAAAUUCACACUUCAUCAAAUUUAUCCAUUUUUCACCCCUAAAAAUCCAUAAAACAAGAAUAAAUCUACAGAGCCGGAAUGCUAGACGUGGCGGAUCAAGUCUUGGAAUUAUCGAUCCACCCGAAAACCGAGAAAAUCAACGCGACUUUGCCCGGGCAUGUCCAUCAGAAAAGCUCGUUGAGACAUCUUUUCACCUACUGUUUGGACAUUCGUCGAGCGCCUGGACGGGUUUUUGAACUUGACAAUCCCCUUUUUCUCGGCUUGAAACGGCAGUUCAGAUGCAGAGCGGCUGCGGCGCGUUUUGGCCCCAAUAUAAAAUAUAAUCCGAAAGAAUCUUUUUUGAAGUUUAAACGAAUUUUUCAACAGGAAACUUGAGAAAAAAUAAAAAAGGACAAUCAAUGAAAUUUCCCAUGUACGGAAAGUGCCGCAGUUUAAAGCCAAGAAAAAUGAAUUAUGAUUACAUAUUGAAGAAUUCUUUACCACAGCCUCUACUCCGAAUUCUGGCCGACAGUGCCCAAAACGCCUUGGAACGACGUCGUCUGUUGGAGCUGUGCAGUGCCCAGGGAAUGGCCGAUUUCACAGAGUUUAUUCGCCAGGUAGAUUGGGAAAUAUGACCAAAUUUCAUUGGUAAAUGUCGAGAACUAUGAUUGAAUGUUGGAAAUACGAGCUGAAAAGUCGAAAUGUGACCUGUAAUAAAUAUCGGAGUGAGGAACGGUUAGAAGAAGGUGAAUUUGCUCGAGAAGAGAGCGAUCGAAAUACACCCAGAUAGCUUGAAAUUUGAAAGCGAAUAAGUGAAAGUUUCAGUGAGAAGAUUUUUCUUUGAAGUUUUUUUUAAAACAGUUUUCUUUGAAGUUUUUGCCCAUAUUCAGGCCGGAAUCUCCGUCGUCGACGUCCUCCUAGCCUUCCCCAGUGUCAGACCUCCAGUAGACCGACUUAUUGGUAGUUCAAUCCGGAAAAAUCAGAAGUUGAUUGAAAAUUGAAGAACUCCUGCCACGAUUGAUGCCCCGUCCCUACAGUAUGUCAUCAUACGAUCAGCGAAGGGUCAGAUUCGUCUACUCCGAGAUGACUUUCACGGCUGAGGAAGGCCGGAGGUAUCAGCGGAAAGGACUCGCCACGGAAUGGCUCCAGAGUCUGAGGGUCGGAGAUACCGUUCAAGUGAGUUUUUGUAGGGAGCACGGAGCCACGCCCACUUGCCCUCAGAAAAACGGGUUUAGGAUCAAACAACUUUAGAAAAGUCAGAGUGAUCCCUAGAGUGAUUAGGAAAAGAAAAAGCUCUUUAGGGGACAAAAUAGUGCCCCCUAGAGUGGUAAAUCUUAGAAGGUUACAACGAGAAAUUAGCGAUGAAAAUUUUUUGCCGCAGUCAGUAAAAAAAAAAUGGUUUGAAAGGGCGCUCCACGGGUAAUACCUUUCAUUUUAUUGGUUAAAAAAGAAUCGGGCAUCAAAUAGUCUACAAGUUGUCCGUAGAGCACGAGUUUCAACCAAAUUUCGUCAAGUACGGCAGAAUUUUGCACCCCGUUCAUUUACCCUAAUUUUAAAAAGGUAUCAUUUACUAAUUUCCGGGGUCAUAUCAUCAUAAUUCUAAAAAAAAACGAGCAAUUUUGUUCCGAAUUUUAAUGUUUGUAUCAUGGUUUCCGAAUAACUUUGAAAAAAUUGCCGAGGAGAAAUCGGUUCAAAAAAAGAGCUGCACGAAUUUUUUUUUUACAAUUUUAGACUCUGCUAUCAGGUUCCAAAAGACUCGCAAUUUUUACGCACCUAUUUUUUGUCAUAUAGCUGUUCAAGUCAAACACAUGUAGAGAAGAAGUCGAUUUGUGAAUUAUCUAGGUUCUUGGCAAGGAGCCAGCGAGAUUCCGUCUGCCGCCGCCUCCAGCCAGCCAGGCCGAAGCUCUGAAAAUGCCCCUUCUGAUGGUCGGACCUGGCACCGGCGUCGCCGUUUUCCUGUCCUUCUGUCACUUUUUGUUGUAAGUUUCUGUUUUUAGAUCAUUUAUAGAAACACAGCGUUUUUGGACUUUUUAGAUGGGCAAAACUCAAAAACUUAAUUUUUCUGUUUUUCAAACUUUGCGGGCUUUUUCUCCGUAGAGCGCGUUUAUCUUCGCACUUUAUUUUUUUGUAGAUUUUAUAGCUCAUCCUUUUUCCAGGAAAGCCAAGCUUGAAGACGAGGCGAAUUUCCCUAAAGGUGUUACUAGAAUUUUGUUCUUCGGCUGUCGAGACGCAAAGAAAGAUUCUUUGUACUUGUGAGUUGAUGAAAAAAUCGAAAACUCUCAUGAUUUUUCCUACAGUGACGAGCUGAAAACGUUCCUCCGGGAAGGGAUUUUGAGCGACUUGGUGGUUUGCGAGAGCCAAGUGAACAACGAACGUGUUCAGGAAGGCUUGAAAAAGUCAACCGAGAAGGUAAAAAUUCAGCGGGAAGGGGUUAUAGUCCAUUCGCCGCGACUUGAAAGUUUUCGAGUGUCUGCGUCUCUCUGUCUCUCGCCGGGGGAGGGAGAGAAACAUGAAAAGAGCACUUCUACGGGAGAGGGUCGCCGAGAGACGAGGAGGGUUCAGAGAAAAACAGCAGUUUCAAGUCUCGCUUUGAUCAAUUGAUCCUCUGUUGAUACUUUUCAUUCAAAAAUCGCCAAGUUAUUGAACUUUCCGCGAAAGUGACCCCUCUAGGGGGAGGCAGAGUGGCCCCUAAAGGGUAACCUUCAAGCAAUCCUAAGGUUGCCCCUAAAAAGACCACUCUGGAGUCCCUAAACGCCAUCAACAUCAAACUUUAAGGUCCUUCCUUUCCUAAAGGCUGGAAACGUGGAAAAUUCGAAAAUCUACAUUUGCGGCGACGCGAAAGGAAUGUCAAAGGACGUUUAUCAGUGCUUCACUGAUAUCGUUCAGCAGGGAGAAGGUUGAUCUUCAAAAAGAACAGCAAAAAGUUCAAAUCGAACUUUUCCAGGACUAACUCCAAUUCAAGCGAAAGAGAGGAUGUUGGAGCUGAAAAAGACGGAUCGUUACGUCGAGGACGUUUGGGCAUAA